AUGCCGCUCACCUCGCAAUUGUUCCCCUCCCCGGCCGCCCUGUGCAGCGCCUUCCCCUCCGCCCCGACCUCUGACGCUGCUGACACGGCCAAUCGCACGUCAUCGUCGUCCAGGUACCCGCCUGCGCGCCAGGAGCUGUACGGUGCCUGGAGCGCCGUCGACGACGCCAAGGACAAGGCGGCCAAGCUGAGCAACGCGGCGGUGCACGAGUUUGAAAAGGCGAGCGGCAAGGCGCAGGCGGCGGCCGGCAACAAGAUCGAGCUGUACUCGGCCAAGUACUAUGCCGCGUGCACCUUCGGCGGCAUGCUGGCGUGCGGCCUCACCCACACGGCCGUCACCCCGCUCGACCUGGUCAAGUGCCGCCGUCAGGUCAACUCCAAGCUGUACAAGGGCAACUUCGAGGCCUGGGGCAAGAUUGCGCGCGCCGAGGGCUUCCGCGGCAUCUUUACCGGCUGGAGCCCGACGUUCUUUGGGUACUCGGCCCAAGGUGCAUUCAAAUACGGCGGAUACGAGUACUUCAAGAAGUUCUACUCCGACCUGGCUGGUCCGGAGAACGCCCACAAGUACAAGACUGUGCUCUACCUGACCGCCAGUGCCUCCGCCGAGUUCAUUGCCGACAUCGCCCUCUGCCCCUUUGAGGCCGUCAAGGUCCGCAUCCAAACCACCAUCCCGCCCUUCGCCAAGGGCACUUUUGAUGGCAUUUCCAAAGUCACGGCGAAGGAAGGAACCUCAGGCCUCUUCAAGGGUCUUUACCCUCUCUGGGGUCGCCAGAUUCCGUACACGAUGAUGAAGUUUGCUUCCUUCGAGACCAUCGUCGAGGCCAUCUACAACUACCUGCCUGGCGGGAAGGACGACUACGGCAAGGCGGCGCAGACGGCCGUCUCGUUUUCCGGCGGCUACCUCGCAGGCAUCCUGUGCGCCAUCGUCUCGCACCCGGCCGAUGUCAUGGUGUCGAAGCUGAACGCCGAGCGCGCGCCCGGCGAGGCCUUUGGCGCCGCCAUGAAGCGCAUCUACGCCAAGAUCGGCUUCGGCGGGCUGUGGAACGGUUUGCCCGUCAGGAUCGUCAUGAUUGGCACCCUCACGGGUCUGCAGUGGAUGAUUUACGACUACUUCAAGAUCUACAUGGGCUUCCCGACUACGGGUGGCCCGUCGCCGCAACAGGAGAAGCAGAAGGCGUAG